AUCUUCCUCUCUCAAACAUCACCAUUAAUCUCCUUUGUCCUUUCCCUUGGAACCCCAAUAUUCCCAAAAAGAGAUCACCACAUUGAAGCGGGAAAAAAAAAAAGGAAGAAGCGAAGCAACUCUCCCACAAGCACUAAUCAUAUAGUUUACUAGCUAGUUCUCAGCAAGAGCAUAUAUCAUAAGGGCCGGCAACUAUGGCCGGGAAGAUCACGAGAGCUCUCCUUCUGGGGCUAUAUUCGUGCGUGCUUGUGUCCACGAUGUUCAUCUCAUCCCACGCUCAAGCGUGCUCUAGCUACACUUUCUCAUCCAACCAGGUCUUCAGCUCCUGCACCGACCUACCGGUCCUCAACGCUUUCAUCCACUGGAACUAUGACACAUCCACAGGCAAGGUCCAGUUGGCGUACCGGCACACUUCAGUGGAUACAUCCAAAUGGGUAGCAUGGGCCAUAAACCCUACCUCAACCGGCAUGCCAGGGGCCCAGGCGCUGGUGGCAUACCAGCAAUCAGAUGGCUCCAUGAGAGCCUACAUGUCCCCGAUCAGUGGCUAUAGUACCGGGUUGCAAGAAGGCAACCUAAGCUUCGAUGUAUCGAAUCUGUCAGCGACUUACUCCAAUGGCGAGAUAACCAUCUUUGCCACGAUCACGCCCCCCGGUAACAGCACGUCGGUGAAUCAGGUGUGGCAGGAUGGACCACUCAACGGGGGCACGCCUGCCCAACACGCGCUCUCCGGGGCGAAUACUCAGUCCAAAGGGACUCUCAAUUUUGCUUCAGGACAGGCUGGUUCUAGCGGAGGCAGCUCAAGAUUGGAAAAGAAAAACAUUCAUGGAGUGCUAAAUGUAGUGAGCUGGGGAAUCCUGAUGCCGAUAGGGGUCAUAAUCGCGAGGUACCUGAGGGUGUUCAAGUCCGCGGAUCCUACAUGGUUCUAUCUGCACGUAACUUGCCAGUCUUCGGCAUACAUAAUCGGGGUUGCCGGGUGGGCCACCGGUCUCAAGCUCGGUAGUGAGUCCAAGGGAAUCACUUACUCUGUCCACAGAACCAUUGGCAUCAUCCUCUUCUGCCUCGCCACCCUCCAGGUGUUUGCGCUGCUGCUGAGGCCGAAGAAGGAGCACAAGUACAGGAACUACUGGAACGUGUACCACCACGCGGUUGGAUACGCGGUGAUCAUCCUCGCCGUGGUCAACAUCUUCAAGGGGUUCGACGCCUUGAAUCCCGAGAAGAAGUGGAAGAACGCCUACAUCGGAGUCCUCAUCGCUCUGGGGAUCAACUUCCUAUGGCUGGAGGCAUACACUUGGUACAUUGUCCUGAAGAGGAAGAGGUCACAGAGUAAUGCAGAGAAGGCCAGCUAUGGGUAUGGCAAUGGGAAUGGAAUUGGAAUUGGGACCACCAAUGGUAGUAACAAUGGGUAUGGUGGUAGGCCCCACCACGAUGUGUAGAUUGAAACCCCACAUAUGCUUAGACUUGAGGUCGCUCUACUCUCUUGAUUUGCUUUUGUUUUUUGGGGUCAUUUCCAGCAUUGGGCUACAUAUUCGUUUUCAGGUAUUAGCAUUGUAUACUGGUCAUCAGCUUCUUGUAGUAAUUCUUUUAUUGUCUUUUCUUUAUUAUACAGGGUGAUUUUGUAUCAUUGAGUGCAUGCUUUGUUUUUGUGGUUGAGAGCUGAGUUAAUCCCUUUGACCAAAUCUCAA